UCUACAAUGAAUGCAGAUGGCGAUUAAACAAUGGCUUGGUAAAGUGAAAACUCCGGGAUGGCUUUUCUCUGCUCUUUUCAGUUGGUACAAGAUAUCUUUACCUCGCCAUAUCUCCCUGGCAAAACUGGCUGUCAAGCAUCGCUGAAUACACGAAAAAAUAUAUUUUUUUUUUUUAAGAAUUCAACGAAAAUUUUAAAACCAAAUUAUAUAUUACGUAUAUAAAUGCCAAGCGUUAAGGAUGAAUCGGAGGCAGAAGGAGAGGAGAUGUCCCAUGACAGCAACGAAAGUAACCAGAGUUCUGCAUCAUGUGACAGUAGCGCAGAACAUACUGACAGUGAUGAUUCUUCAGAGAUGGAUGAGGAUGAAUGCGAGAGGAGACGGAAUGAAUGCAUGGAAAACUUAUUAGAUCUAGAAAGACAGUUUACUCUUCUCAAAGAACAAUUGUAUCGAGAAAGAAUUACACAGGUGGACACAAAACUUGGAGAAGUACGUGUUGGAAAAUCUGAAGAGUAUCUAAUACCACUAGAGCGACUAAAAGAAAAUAUGAAAACAAAAACAGAGGUAGCUGGAAUAUUGAAACAGUACAGGUUGCAAAACAUACAGAACAAAUUUCUAGCAGAAGAGCAGGCUGCCUUGCAAAAUUUUGAAAGUGAGAAAGGAUUGAUUUGGGAUUGUAUUCAUAACGAUCUCCAAGAGAAGAUUCGCCGUUUAGAGGAAGAUAGAAACAAUGUGGACAUACAUGCGGAUUUAUGGCUUAAUACGACUGGUAGAAGACGCAGGAACCAUUUGGAGAGAAGACGAGCAGUUUCCGUUGCAGGUCCAUACAUUGUUUACAUGCUCAACGAUGCGGAUAUAUUAGAGGAUUGGGCGUUAAUAAAGAAAAGCUUAAGCAGUUGGAAAACGGAAAUAAUGUAAUCUUCACUCGAGAGUAUCCAAAGAAAAUAUUUUCGACACUAAUAUUAUGCGUCCAUCUUUCAUACGAAUAGAGAUUUCGUCCAAAAUUGGUUUGAAAUCAGACAAAUACAUUUUCCAUAUUGGCGUUCAUUGCGCGUCUAAUGUUUGUACAGUGUGCCUUGAAAAAAAAUGAAGGUAGUUGUUUAUUUUAAGGAACAUCUCGUUGACUCUAGACUCUAGAUAAACGAGAACUGGUCUCUUAAAAUAAGAAAAAGAUUUGCCAAAAUAAACAUCAAAAUUGAUAUAUGUAUUUCUGUAGUAAUGCAGGAAAAUUUUCAUUAAUGUAGGAAAAUUAUUUACACAUGACUGUGCCGUCAAUAAGAGCAGAUUCACAGCUCGAAAAAAAAAACAGAUAUUUACUGUAUAUUAAUUUUACUUAAUAAAACAAAUUAUAUAUCAA